GUGUCAUUGGAAAUGACUCCUUCACUGAAGACUACGACUUCGCUGUGCCGUCCCAAGCUUACUCCCAUGGAGGUUCGACAUGUGUCAAAUCCAUGUCUCGUAAAGCAUGGGUGUCUCCAUAAUCAGAGGGUCUUCGGUGGGAUAUAAAACGUCGACGCCAACGGACUAGCAUCUACCAGACUCUCAGAGAUCUAGUAUCUCUUCUCUUCAUCCCUCUCAAACCGUCGUUAAUCUCGCUACAAUGUCACAAUCCACCCUUUUCGCCCCUGUUCCGAAACCUGCAAACCGCCUUGCUCGCUACAGGGCGCUUGCCCCUACUGCGUCGGUCCACGUUUCUCCACUGCAGCUCGGCGCGAUGAGCAUCGGUGACAAGUGGGAGAAGCACGGCAUGGGUAGUAUGAAUAAGGAGUCGUCGUUCAAACUCCUCGACGCGUACUAUGAGGCCGGCGGUAACUUCAUCGAUACGUCCAACAACUAUCAGUCCGAGUCUUCUGAAGAAUUCAUUGGCGAGUGGGCCGAAAGUCGCGGUAUCCGCGAUGAACUUGUCAUCGCUACCAAGGUAAGUGUUUUCUACACGUCCAACUUUAAAGAUGAGGACCCAUCUGUCAGGAAUAAGGCGAACUACACGGGAAAUAAUGCCAAAUCAUUGUACAUUAGUGUGCAGAAGAGCCUGAAGAAGCUAAGGACGUCAUACAUUGACAUCUUAUAUGUGCAUUGGUGGGACUGGGAAACCACCAUCGAAGAAGUGAUGAGCAACCUGCACCAUCUCGUGCAGCAGCGGCUUGUUCUGUACCUUGGUAUUUCUGACGCACCUGCUUGGGUCGUAGCCAAAGCCAACCAGUGGGCGAGAGAUCAUGGAAAGACACCGUUCGUCGUUUAUCAAGGCGCAUGGAGCAUCCUUGAAAGAUCAUUCGAACGCGAGAUCAUCCCCAUGGCUCGUGAUGAGCGCAUGGCCCUCGCGCCAUACAAUGUCCUAGCUGGCGGCAAGCUACGUUCCGACGCAGAUGAAGAGCGUCGCAGGCAGACCGGCGAACAAGGCCGCCAACUCUAUGGAAUGCCUUGGGAGCGCAACGAGGUGCAGCGCCAGGUCUCCUCAGUCCUGGAGAAAAUAGCCAAGGAGGUCGGCACAGAACACAUAACGGCCGUUGCGAUCGCCUACGUGUUGCACAAGGCGACGCACGUCUUCCCGAUCAUCGGCGGACGCAAAGUCGAGCACCUGCAAGCGAACAUCGACGCGCUAAGAAUUCGUCUGACUCCCGAGCACAUCAAGGAGCUGGAAAGCGCUGUCCCCUUCGAUCUCGGGUUCCCGGGUGCGCGCUGGGGUACUGGAACGGAUUACAACUUCUUGAUGAAGAGCGCUGCAUGGUUUGAGAAGCAGCCUCUCCUUCAGCCUAUUUCACCCGCAGUGGACUAAGCCGUUGUAUCGGUGAAAACGGUCUUUCGAAGCCUAUAGCUGUUGUGUGGUCGAAUAGAGGGCUAUUCGCCAAUAGCUGUAGGGUGUGGACGUACAUCAUGCGUCUGAAUCAUCAUGCUCUCGAUUACUUUCAAUUGUAACACUAAAAUGCGUCUUGUAAUUUGAUUUGGAACGUCA